UUCAUACCAGUUUUAUUAACUGUAAGAUAGGGAUAAAGUGUUUUUAUCUUUGCCAAAGGAUAUUCAGUUCAACAUAUUUUUUUUAUGUGUAUUAAAGUAUUUAUACUAUGAUCAGAAUGACGUAAAGUCAACUUAAUUGUAUAUUUAAACCGAUUAAUGUCAUUCAAUUUUCUAAUAACAUAUGAUUUCGUGGUUAUAGUCAAAACAAAUUUCACGCUUCAUACACUCAAAAAGCCGAUAUCUAUUCAAAGCCUAAGGACGAGGCGAUAUCUACAAAAAAAUAAAUUUCGAAGGCGAAGAGCAAAGUUGAAGCUGAUAUAUACCUUUUUUUUUAUUUUAAAAAAAAAUAAAGUUCCGAAAGAAAUGAAACAUUUUUGACUUUACUAAUUAAAGCGUAACAUCAAAGCCGAUAUAUAUCGAUCCAAAACCUAUAAAAACUGAAGCUAAUAAAUACCGAUUCAAAAUGCAAAAUCGAAACCGAUAUCUAAAAAAAGAGAGAAU